CCCGCACAGCACAGUAGUACCAGGCCAGCAGGAGGGGCUCAGGAAAUACUAGACGAGCGAAGGCAGUUCGCCGCAGCGGCCGCGGAAGGAGUGCGCUCCGUAUUCCAGGGGCUCCUCUACGCUCCUGCCCUGCGAUUUCAGACUGGACGGCCACCGCUAUUUUAACCCUGUUUCACAGAGAAGGAAACAGGCUCAGAGAGGCUCCUGGAGCCUACAGUGCAUGCUGUGUCAGAGGACCGGGAAGUGCCAGGUGGAAGAGUGUGCUGGUGGCCAGGACCUCUGCAGGACCACGAUCUUGCGCAUAUGGGAAGGAGGUGAAGAGCUGGAGGUGGUGGAGAGAGGCUGUGCCCAUCCGGAGAAGAGGAACAGGACCCUGAGCUAUCGGACAGGCAUGCAGAUCAUCACUCUUACGGAGACCCUGUGCGGGACUGACUUGUGCAACCGACCCAUCCCUGGUCGGCCUUCCACCUUUCCCCGAACCCGAAGCCGUUACCUCGAAUGUGUUUCCUGCGCCUCAUCAGAUCUGAGUUGUGAGAGGGGCUGGAGCCAGAGCCUGCAAUGCCGCAGCCCUACAGAACAGUGCGUGGAAGUGGUGACCCACCGGAGCCUGGAAGGCAGUCCAAGGGAUGAGCACCACACCCGUGGCUGUGGCAAACUUCCGGGCUGCCCAGGCCCCACCGGCUUCCAUAACAACCACACCUUCCACUUCCUGCAGUGCUGCAACACCACCAAAUGCAAUGGGGGCCCAGUCCUGGAGCUUCAAAACCUAUCUCUGAAUGGCCUCGAGUGUUACAGCUGUGAGGGGAACAGCACCCAUGGAUGUUCCUCAGAAGAGACUUCCCUGACUCCCUGCCGAGGCCCAAUGAAUCAAUGUCUGGAAGCCACAGGCACUAAUGGGCUGGGCGACCCGAGCUACACAGUACGAGGCUGUGUGACCCCGUCAUGGUGCCAGAGUCUCCACGUGGCUGAAGCCUUCAGCCUGACUCAUCUCAACGUCUCAUGCUGUACCGGAAAUGGGUGUAACCUCCCAGUCCAGGAUCACCAGCCCCGCAUGGGCAGUGCCCCCCGGCCUGGUCCUGCCCACCUCAGCCUCACAGCCACCCUGCUUAUAACUGCCAGACUGUGGGGAGGCACUCUCCUCUGGACCUGACCCCCCACACUCCCCCUUCCCUGGCUGGAUCCAGGGGAGCCCUUUGCCCUCCCCUCAGCUCCCAGCCCUGCAGACUUGCUGUGUGACCUCGGGCCAGUGUGCUGUCCUCUCUAGGUCUCAGUUUUCCCAGCUGCCUCACAGAGUUGCAGAACCAGGGGAAGAAAACUGGAGAAACUGCAGGCCAGCAGGAGAGGUCUUGUUAUGUUAGCAUUGUUGUACCAGUGGUGUUAUUAUUAAUUAAUAUUUGUUUUAUUUAAUAUUUUAUACUUUAAAUAAAGAUUUUUGUACCAGUGAA